GCGGCAGUCUGACGCCGGUCGCGCAGUCAGCAUGGCUGGAUUUUCUUGCAGUUUUUCGCCGGUUCUACCGAGCUAGAGACGAGUACGAGUCUAUCUUGUGUCCGUGUCGGUAGUGCAUGCUGUCUGAGUGUCGUCGUCAGAGCCGUUCGAGACCAUUCGCAAUCGAGUGUCGGAGACGCAUGCUUUGGCAAGCCGAGAGCGAAAGAGACGCCAGAUAACCGAACCUAACCUCCAAAGACAGAGAUGUGUCGAGACAUAACUCUCGUUUCGCGGUCGCGGUGACGCAGAUCUCGUUUAUUUCCGUAUCGUUUAUAUUCGCGAUAUGGAACUUAUCGAGACAAAUGUGCUGCUUGCUGUAUUGUUCAUCGUGCAUGUAAUAUUGUGAUUUUCGUCGUCGUGAUCGCGCCUAAAGUGCGUCGCGUGACAAUCGUGUGUGCUGCUCGUGUGCUUGGCAUAGGAACAGAACAAGGACAGAAAGCGUGCAAAGAACAAAAGGGAACGGAAAACUACUAUGCGUCCCGGCGUGAACGAAUCGGUGACGUUUCCCGAGUGAAUGUGUGUGAAGAAACAGAGUGUGGAUGAGAGAGAAAUAGUGUUGAACCAUGAAGAAGGAAGAACGAUAGAAAGGUUGGACGAAAAGAGACUUGGCCAUCAACAAAUCUUGACCCAAGAACGGGAAAAGAUUUCUUGGAAAGCAGUUUCGUCGAAGUGACUCGGUGUUUUUGGGAUGGAACAGCGUCUCGAAUCAACGGUUUCUUGGAAUAGACUUUUUUUUUACACCGACUCGUGAAACAAGGGGAACCAACGACGCUGCACGAGAUCGAUAAAGGCGAUAGGGUAACGUUCGAAAAUCGUUCCGGCCGGGAAGCAUCGUAGCUUUCCAUCGUCCCUAAUUGACAGGUAGAAAGAGGAGGAGGGGCGUGUUGUGCAGCAGCCUCUCCGCGGAGGAGAGAGCAGGAAGAAAAGAAAAGACGACGCGCACGACACACGUUAAGAACAUCGUGGAGAAAAGCUAGACAAGGACGAAAGGGAGAAGAAGAAGAAGAAGAAGAAGAGAGGACACGAAAUUUACGAGUGAACCGGGUUUACUUGCUUGUCUAGGAGGCAAACACGCCGGGUAUAUCUUGAGCCAGUCGUGUGCCGUAACAAAUGACGGCGCCGUAAAAUCAGCUAACCGUGGAACGGAACCGGAAGUGGAGGCCGGAUUUUCGCGAAAGUUUCAACGGCGCCUGAUAAAAAAUUCCCCUCCGAGUUGACUUUGGACUUGAGUUUUCCAAAAAAAAUUCGCAACAUCCAGCGUCCAUCUUGAACCGAAGACUCUUCGUCCUUGAAAAUUAUUACCUUUCUUUUCCACGAUAUAGUCGCGAUAUGGUCUCGAACAAACAAUACCGGGAGAAAUAUUCGUCCAUAUUUAUCGAUUAAAGGAGAGAAUGUCGAGGAUCCGGGGCACCGAUCGCUGAGAAAAAAGAAGGAAGUGAAAUCCGUCGAGGGGGGAGAGGUUGGGCCAAAUGGGUUAAAAAUCGGAUCGCGAUGGACGGCGCGACCCCGUGCUGCUCGCAAAAUGGUGAUCGUGCUGCCGUCGUGGAAACGCAACAAGUGGCGAUCUUAAUUCUAAGUUAUCAUCGAUGUUUUCGAAAGGACGGGCCGGAUUCGACGAUCCAGGAUCCGCCGUUUUCGAUCUGAGCUUCGAGUUGACCUGACCCUCGAGCCAUCAUCAACCCUCUAAAGUGACAAGAGAAAUAUCGAAUUCGAGGAUUUUUAUUCGUAUCUUUAGUCGUUCAGCAAAAAUUCCGUUUUAUCGAGACGCUGGGAUUAAUUCUCUCUCCUUCUCUCUCUCUCCUCUCUCCUCUCUGCGUGAUAGAAAAAUCCAAGUAUCGAAGGAAAUUUUCAAUUAAUUCCUGUGUUUGGGAAAGAAUACUCGAUCCCGAGAUUAUUUCGAGUAGGGGAGAUCGAGGUUAGAUUGCUUCUCUAUUAAUCUUCGACGAGAAGGUUUUGAUCGAGGUUGAAGAGGAGUCUCGAAGGCAGAUUCGAUAUCCUCUCGAUAUUCAAGGGAAAGAGAGUGGACGAGUAUGAGCAGCGUCGAUGCCCGGCGAAGCAAGAGAGGGUAUCCUUGUUCCGGAAGUGAGGGACGAUUGUCGCCCCGAGCGCGACGCUAUACGAGGUGAUUCGAGGUACGUUUCCACGGGGCAGGGAGGAACAAUCCGGAGAUAAUCUGAGAGACAACAGGACAGUACCUCGUCGAAUGAGACGAUGGUGAUGAAGAUUUCCGCGGUCGAGGCUGGCGUUCCUUUACUAAGCGCCGUCGGUCCGCGCUGCGUCGUCAAGCAGGCCACGGUGAAACGAUGCGUCGCGGCGCUGCUUCUCGUCUCCGUCGCCAGUAUAUUUUAUUACACGCAUUAUAUCAUCAGCAGCCCGCUGUCCAGUCUAAUCCAUCGAGACACUAGACCAGAGCCAUCGAUCAGGUGUUCGACGCUGAGGGGCGCAACGAGGUUACCCUCUGCGCCGGAUCAUCGUAGCGAAGCUCGUUUGAGGACGGAUCCAAAGGUAUUGGUCUUCGUGGAAACGCUGUAUUCUAUGUUGGGAAAAAACAUAGCGGAACUGCUAGUCUCCAAUCGAAUCAAAUACAAACUGGAAGUGGCUGGCAAGUCUCUACCCGUGUUGACAAAUCUGGACAAAGGUCGAUACGGUGUCUUAAUCUUUGAAAAUCUGAACAAGUACCUGCAGAUGGACAAGUGGAAUCGCGAAUUGCUAGAUAAAUAUUGCAGAGAGUAUUCGGUCGGCAUCGUGGGAUUCGCGCCGUCCGGCGAGGAAAGUCUCGUCGGUGCGCAGCUGAAGGGUUUUCCUUUGUUCGUGCAUACUAAUCUCAGGCUGAAGGAUGCACAACUGAACGCGGCAUCUCCUAUCCUCCGAUUAACCAGAUCCGGGGAAACGGCCUGGGGACCACUUCCUGGCGGUGACUGGACCAUUUUUCAAGCCAAUCACAGCACUUACGAACCCCUGGCAUGGGCACAUCGGGACAGCCUCGACUAUCCGGCUAAUAAAAGUCCUCUGGCGACUGUCAUUCAGGAUCACGGGAGAUACGAUGGGAUUCAGAGAGUCUUUUUUGGCGGAGGAUUACGAUUCUGGUUACACAACUUGUUGUUGCUCGACUCUCUUUCCUACUUGUCCCACGGCCAGUUGAGCCUAAGCCUUAAUCGCAUGAUCUUGGUGGACGUCGAUGAUAUAUUCGUCGGUGAGAAGGGAACGAGAUUAAGAAAGGACGACGUGAUGGCGCUGUUGAUUACCCAACAGAGGAUCCAAGCGUUGGUACCUGGUUUCAAAUUUAACUUGGGGUUUUCUGGAAAAUAUUUCCAUCACGGUACCUCCGAGGAAAAUCUGGGGGACGAUAUGCUUCUGGAGAACGUCGACAGAUUUACGUGGUUUUCUCACAUGUGGAAUCAUCAACAACCUCACCUUUACGAGAAUGUAACGCAUCUACAAUUAGACAUGGCGUUGAACAAACAAUUCGCGAAAGACCACGGAAUUCCAACAGGAAGCGGUUACAGCGUAAGUCCUCAUCAUUCCGGCGUUUAUCCGGUCCACGAAGGAUUAUAUGAAGCGUGGAAAAGAGUGUGGAACAUCAAAGUCACAAGCACAGAAGAGUAUCCCCAUUUGAGGCCAGCUCGAUUAAGAAGAGGAUUUAUUCAUCGUAAUAUAAUGGUUCUACCGAGACAAACCUGUGGCCUUUUCACACACACAAUCUUCAUCGAUAGAUAUCCAGGCGGAAGAGAGAAACUGGACAGAUCGAUACAGGGUGGCGAACUCUUCCAGACAAUCGUUCACAAUCCUAUCAAUAUUUUUAUGACGCACAUGUCGAAUUAUGGAAACGAUCGUCUGGCAUUGUACACCUUCGAGUCUGUGAUUAAAUUUAUCCAAUGUUGGACGAAUUUGAGAUUAUCCAGUGCACCGCCUCUUCAAUUAGCGGAAAGAUAUUUUCAACUCUAUCCUGAGGAAUCUGAUCCUGUGUGGGGUAAUCCCUGUGAUGAUCAGAGGCAUCAAAAGAUUUGGUCGAGGAACAAGACGUGCGACCAACUACCAAGGUUUCUGGUAAUUGGUCCUCAAAAAACUGGCACUACUGCUCUCUAUACUUUCCUCUCCAUUCAUCCUGCGAUAAGCAGCAAUUUGCCAAGUCCUGACACUUUCGAGGAGAUUCAGUUCUUCAAUGGGAAAAAUUAUUACAAAGGCCUUGAUUGGUACAUGAGCUUCUUCCCAGCAUCGAAAAACGAGAGUUCGCGGUAUCUGUUUGAAAAAUCUGCAACUUAUUUCGAUGGGGAGUUAGUACCACGCAGAGCUCACGCUCUUCUACCCAGAGCAAAAUUAAUUACUAUACUACUUUCGCCUGCUAGGCGUGCCUAUUCAUGGUACCAGCACACGAGAGUUCAUGGCGAUCCUGUAGCAAAUAAUUAUUCCUUUCACUCGGUUAUCACUGCAAGCGAUACAGCACCAAAACCCCUACGCGAUCUCAGGAAUAGAUGUUUAAAUCCCGGAAAAUACGCUCAGCAUCUGGAAAGAUGGCUUUCCUAUUAUCCGCCUCAGCAAUUGCACAUUAUAGACGGCGAACAGUUGCGACAAAAUCCUGUAGAGACGUUGCACGAGUUACAAAGGUUCCUCAAGAUCACGCCCGCUUUUAAUUACUCGUCUCAUUUGAGGUACGAUCCGAAGAAAGGAUUCUUUUGUCAAGUUACCAAUGAGGAUCGAACGAAAUGCCUUGGCAAGAGCAAAGGCCGUCAAUAUCCGCCUAUGGAGGAUAAAUCGUACAAAUUAUUACAGAGAUAUUAUUUAUCCCACAACACGGCUCUAGUGAAAUUAUUGAAACGGCUCGGGUUGAGAACUAUCCCACAAUGGCUGAAGGAAGAUCUUACCGACACGGUGAUGACCUAGCAAACGUCGAUUAUAUGAAACGACACCGUUUCUGAAUUGUUUAUCUCUACGGUGAACGAAAUUCACCGGUUAUUAGCUGAAGAUCUGUAACAUAAUUGUACAUUCGAUAUAUUCCACUGGACUCCAAAUCCUCGACGGAAGGACCAUUGCAGUGGCCUAUCCCAGUGGUUUGGCCUAAGAUCCGUGGGAAGCCUGCGAAACUAGUCACUAAACGAUUUUAAGGUGAAUCGUGACUGUCGAUCGUUGUUAAGCCAAUAGCACUAUUAUUAACGUUAUAUUAUUAUUGUCAUCGUUGUUGCGUCGUAGAAAACAUGAUUAUUAAGAGUACAGCCCGUUCGCUGGUGCCAUCAUCCGUCUGUAAUGAUUGGACGCUUUUCGUUCUGAUCUUUACUACUAAAAGAUAGUACUAUAAUAUAAUAAGAAGAAAAAAAGAGAAUUCCUAAUUUGUACUCGAGUUAAAUUCUUCUUCAAUCUUAGUACAACAUAUUUUUCUUCAACGAAGAAGACGACAAUAUAAUUAAUAAAUCAAAAGACCACAAACAGAAACGCACAUUUUGACUUUGCGUAAUGAUAAUCAUAAACAAUUUGUCGACUCGGGUACAAUGACUCUUUACAAAUUUGAGUAGUAAAGAGAAGAAGGAUGCUUUAAUGAGUGAAAUUAGAAGCGAUCAAAAAAAAAAAAAAUUGUAUUUUAGAAACUUGACUUUUGUGAGACAAGAUCUGUCCAAAUCGUGUUGCAAUGUUUGAAGAGAUUUAUUUCCUCAUGAAAAUAAUUAAUGGAUAAAUCGAAUUUGUUGAUAUUUAAAUCGACGAUCCGUCAGUCCUUCACUUCUGGUACUAAUUGCAGGAUUGCUUCUGCGAGUGUGAGACUUUUGGAAAGUUUGAACUUUUUUCUCGCCCACUUACUCUCUCAGAGACACGAUGUACAUUAAUUCUCGUUGUAAGCGUAUUAAAAUAAAAAAGUAAAUAAAUAAAAAACAAGAAAAAAGCUAUAUGAUGAUUCUAUGUAUAUUUUGACAAUACUAUUCUUGGUACUGCUGAUAGAAAGUCGAUAAAAGAUGUAUGAUCGCGUCCGUUUGUACAUUUAUGUAUUGUAUUGUUUUGAUGUGAUUAUAGAUGUAUCAUAAUGACUUAAUAAGAUGGAAAAUCAGAAACUAUUUCACAAAUGAUUAUUGAUGAUCAUUUUUUGGCGAAUAAUGACGUUAAGUGGAGAAGUGAUAACUGCCUAUUUGCAAUAAUUGCAUACUAUCACGUUUAAAACAUACAAAUUUUGGAUUUAAUAAUAAUCCUAUGUUUGAAAAUAAAA